UACAAUAAUAUAAGAUAAUAAUAAGAUAAAAGGGCAAAAAAGACGAGGAGGGAGAGAAUCUAGAAGGCGCCAAUGUCUUCUUUGCAUCUUAUCCUCUACCCAACUCUCUUCUUCUUCGUCUUCUUCCUCACCUUCGUCUCCGGCGGCGGUCGCCUCCUCCGGCAAUCGAAGCCCGAUCCCUCCGACGCCGCCGCCACCGCUCGGUGGCUCGCGUCCCAGAACUCCUGGGGCGUCCUCAGCACCAUCUCGAGUGAUUUAGGAGGAACUCCAUUUGGAAAUGUUGUUUCAUAUAGUGAUGGAUUACCUGGUAAGGGCCGUGGCAUCCCCUAUUUCUAUUUGACAACACUUGAUCCCACUGCAAGGGAUGCGCUAAAGGAUGAAAGAUCUUCUUUUACUCUCAGUGAGUUCCCUCUCGGAACUUGUGGCAAGAUAGAUCCUGAGAAUCCCACUUGUGCGAAACUUACCCUUACAGGAAAGCUGAAGUUAGUUGAUGUCCAGUCCGCUGAAGCAGAGAUUGCUCAAAGUGCACUAUUUUCCAAGCAUCCAGAAAUGAAGGAUUGGCCAGAAGAUCACAACUUCCAAAUAUUCAAAUUAGAUAUUGAGAACAUAUUUCUCAUUGACUGGUUCGGCGGGCCCAAACCUGUAACUCCUGCUCAAUACCUGGAUGCCGGAAUGACCCUGCUUUCCCGGAUAUCCAUAGAAUAAAGCUUCAAACAUCCUUGGUGACAUCUCAACUCAAGCAUGUAUGUGUCCAUGGAGUGAAUAUUGUUUCUGUGCAUAGUAUGAACUGCAUAAUAUGUAAUUCCUGUAAAUUAAUAUUCUGGUGAUCAGCGAACUUAAAACUUUGUCGAACACUCAGUACAAGAUUAUAAUAAAGUAUACUAUUCAAAUUGUACUUAACAA